UUCUAAUUUCCACCUUUCUCUUCUUCUUCUUCUUCUUCUUCUUUGUUUUUAAUGUGAAAAAGUAAUUUGUAAUUUCAGCUUUCACUCUCCAACUUUACCCCACACUCUGAAACCGCAAUUAGGGUUCUUAGCCUUCUUCCUCUCUCCUCCAAGGAUCUUGGCAAUUUUUUCUCUUGGGGGCUCUAAGUGGUAUAAUUUAUCGGUCUGUGAAUAUCAAGUUUGAGUCGAAAUUUGGAAAUGAGUUUGAUUGCAAGAGUAAGGCAUCAUUUAUCACAUGGAUCCUUCAGAAACCAUAUAUGCUCUCCUGUCAUUGCAUCUUGUUCUGUGAAGUCUAUUGGAGUGACCAGACACUUCGCACAACCUGCAAGGAUGGAGGAUGAAGAGGAGGAAGAAGUAGAGAUAGAUCAAAGAAGGCUCCCAGCUGAUUACGAUCCCGCAAAUUUUGAUCCCACAGAGCAUCGUAGUCCCCCGAGUGACAGGGUAUGGAGACUUGUUGAUGAAAUAUCUGGACUCACACUUGUUGAAGCUGGAGAGUUGUCUUCUAUUAUAAUGAGGAAGUUGGGUAUGAAGGAGAAGCUAGUCGUUGGGGUCAUGAAGCCAGGUACUGUUGGAGUGGCUGGAGCGGCAAUGAAGACAGCAGCUGCAGCAAAGGAAGAAAAGAAGCCUGAAAAGACAGCUUUUGAGUUGAAGAUGGAAUCUUUUGAUGCAGCUUCAAAGCUUAAAGUAAUUAAAGAAAUUCGCAGUUUUACUGACUUGGGACUAAAGGAAGCUAAGGACUUGGUGGAGAAGAUGCCUGCUAUUCUUAAAAAGGGAGUUUCUAAGGAAGAAGCAGAAAAAAUUAUUGAGAAGAUGAAAGCAGUUGGCGCAAAUGUUAUUAUGGAGUGAUUUCAACCCAGUAUGUUUCUUUUUUAAUACCUUUGGAAUCUAUCGUGCUACUAUUGGAAAACUUCCAGUCUCCUUGUUUUGUGACAAUGGAGAUAUAGCGAUAGUGAUCUCAUAUAUGUUCAACAUCCUGAAAGUUUUACCUGUAGAGGGAUUUGCUUCUGGUUUUGUACUCAAUAUUUAGAUUGAGGACUGAAAUUGAAGAGGCUGUUUUCUUUACA